AUGAAGACAAUGCUUCAACAACUUAUCAAGGGACAAACAAGUGGAGCUACUGAGCUCAACACCAAGCUCGCCGAGAUCAACAACAACAAUCGCAAACCCAAAGAGUAUGUGCAAGCAAUUACUCUUAAGAGUGGGAGAGUUCUUCCGGAGAGAGUGGUACCAUCAAGAAGCAACGAGGACGUUGCGAUUCAAGAGGAGGAGGAGUCAGUCGACAUUGAAGCUGAGGAGAGAGUUGAGAAAGUCAGUGGAACCAGAACCUGGAAGCAGAGAGACAGCAGCAGAACCAUCAAAGGAAAAAAAGAGGAGGGAAACUCUUUUUGUUCCCCACCAUUCAAACCAAUGCUGCCUUUUCCAACACGUUUCAAGAAACAAAUGGCGGAGAAAUGCAGGAAAGUUUUGAUCAGCAAAUUGUCAGAGAUCAACCUGAAAAUCCCUUUUGUAGACGCUCUCAUGAUGAUCAAGCCUUAUCAGAAAUUUUUGAAAGAUGCCAUUUUGGAGAGAACCAAGGAAGUGCAAGGCAUGGUGGUAUUGUCUCAAGAGUGUAGUGCUAUAAUUCAAAGCAAGACAGUAACAAAGAAGCUUGGUGAUCCUGGAAGCUUCACUCUCCCUGUUCCUAGGGACCAUUAG